GUAAAUAUAAGUCAUAUGCGUAUCAAACACCCUUCUGAGAACAUCUGCGGUUACUGCGGCUACUCGUUCUACAGUCAACGCGGACUCAUCGUGCACAAGAACAUGGUGCAUAAGGACGUUGAUGAGAACGCGGAACAGAGCACAGAGGCGGGUCCCUACUGCGCGGAGUGUGAUGUCAAGUUCAUCUCUACUGAAGCGUACAAGCGACACAUGGUCAUGUCCGUCAAGCACACACAGAGUACAGAAUCUAUUAACGGGUGCCGUGUCUGCGGGGCUACAUUCAGGGACGCUGAGGAGUUGCGGCUGCAUCAUCGCAAGGAGCACCCGAAGAGACAGCCCAAGCAUUACAGGGCGAAGGCCGUCACCAAGUGGCCGACACAGUGUGAACAUUGUCCGCAAGAGAUAGAAAACGCCCGUGCCUAUUGGAAACAUUUCCGAACGAUGCAUCCAAAUGAAAACUAUCCGGUGCAGAAGAAAUGCGUCUGUGAUAUAUGCGGGAAGCGGUUUACGUGCAAUGCUCUCCUAACCAUCCACAAACGGACCCACAUAGGCGAUCGUCCGUACAAAUGUUCCCGCUGCGACCGCGCGUGCUACAGCGCCUUCGACUUGCGCAUCCACCAGCAGAAGCACUCGGACGCCAGGCCCUUCCCCUGCACUCUCUGUGCUAAGGCCUUCAAGAGGAAAGAGGCGCUGGAACGGCAUUUAAAGAUCCAUUCUGGCGAUAAUCCGUACAAAUGUGAGAUUUGUGGCGUGGCCUUCAACAAGUCUUGCACGCGAACCCUUCAUGUCCGCACCGUGCAUACUAAGGAACCUGCGCCGCCGCGAAAACGAAGAAACAAAAUUAACAAAUAAAUUCACAUUUGAAAGCAAGCCUCAGUUGUCCGCUUAGAAG